UUACUGAAACUAGUCCAGUGUGUAGGAGGAUGCUGCAGCAAUCAUCAGCUAAUCUCUGACAAACCUCACUCUGAUUUUUCUUUCUUUAAAAAAAAAAAAAGGAACCUUGACCUUGACCUCUGAUCCUGAUUCUUCUCCCACGUGACCGAGGAAGUGUCUCAUUUAUAUUGAAUUCUUCAUUGUAAGCCUUUAUCUUAUGGAGAAGUCAUUUGCUGGACAUGGUACACACUCACAGAGGAGAACAUCAUCCCUGGGGUGUCUUUCAGAUCAUGUCAGCAAAGAUAACGGUACGAGAUCCGGUACAGACGAGAGGAACGAUAGACCGCCUGUACCGACAUUACUAGGUUAUGAAAUCAUGGAGGAAAGGGCAAAGUUCACGGUCUACAAGAUCCUGGUGAGAAGAGCACCCGAUGAAAGUUGGGUGAUUUUUCGGCGCUACACUGAUUUCACCAGGCUCCACGACAAGCUCAAAGAGAUGUUUCCCAAACUCAGACUCUCUCUGCCACCCAAGCGUCGCUUUAAAGACAACUACGACAUGAACUUCCUGGAAGAGAGACAAUUUGGGUUGCAAGCUUUUCUCCACAAUCUGGUUGCUCAAAAAGACAUGACUAAGAGUGACAUAGUGAGAGGGUUCCUGUGCUUGGAUGACCCUCCGGGUCCCUUUGAUAGUCUGGAGGAGAGCAAGGUUUACUGUGAGACAUUGGAGGAGACGAACCAUCGACUGCAGAGGGAGCUGCAGGAUAAGCAGAGAGAAAUCCAGUCUCUUAGACGAAUCUUGGAGGACAGACAGCUCCAAAUCAGUGGGCUGGAGAAAUCCAAGAACAGCAUCUCUAACGAGUUAAAUGACGCUCACCCAGAACCAGAAACCGAUGCAGAACGUACAGACGACGCGGGCGACCCGGACAGAAGUCCGGAGCUCCAUUUAGCAAAGAUAAGCCACGCAGCUUGCUGGAGCGGUUCGGCCUCAGAAGACAGCGAACACGUGAGCUUCUCCAGAUCAACAUAUUUCAAGGACCAGGCUUAGAACUACCAUCAUCGGAACGAGAUCUCAAAACCUAGAGCGGAACGAUAUCUGUUGAUAUUUACAAACCGUAACUGUUUUUUUGUUGUUGUUGUUGUUGUUGUUUUGUUUUACGUGGCAGAAAUAUGUUGUACUGGUCUAAAAAGCCGGGAGGAAAAAGAUCUGAACUAUUUACAAGAUGAGAAAUGAUGGAGUUCCAGCAGUGCCUUUUCAUCUGGAAAUCGCCCAUCGGCACAUUUUUAGAAGUGUACAUCUGGUGUGGGCAUUAAGAAGACUGUUUUAUUGUAUUUUCACGAGGGCUUGACCGCCUUGGUGUAAUGUGUCUGUGUGUUUAUUGUCUGUUGCUAACGAAGUGUAUAAUUAAUACACUUCCUUUCACAAAUUCCCAAUUUCAUAGGAACUCGUUCAGGGAAUAAAACAAUUUUGAACACUUUUAUUAAAAAAAAAAAAAAGAAAAGAAAGAAAAAUAUCUAGAACGACUGAUAUUACAAGGGUGUCUUUGUGUUAUUUAAUUUAUGCCUCUUUUUUAAAAGAGAGAACAAAAAGAGAAAAGGUGAGUUUACAGAUGGUCUGAAGCAGGAAGUGAUGAACAGAAGUCAUUUGUUUUUUUAAACGUGUUUUAAAUUUGCCAUUUUAAACGAGUCUCUGAUUAAUAAAGCCGUUUUUGAAGCGGAUGAAUGAAGGACUCGAUGCCAUUACAGUACAUCACCUUGUUGCUGAUGAGUAACAUAAAACAGCACAUGCUCUUUCCAAAAAAGAUCUUACCCACAAUCCUUUUGGACUGCCUGCUGAAUGUGGUGCCAGCGGGGUCUCUGAACAAAGAGUCCUUCAGUCUGUCUGGUUGUCUAACAUUAUUUCCAAAAGUAUCAACACCAAUUCCAUCAAACUGUUACCUCGUAGCUUACUAACUCCCCGAGUCCGAGUCUCUGCUGCAUUUGGACCAACUUCCCCACUAGAUCUAUGCUGUAUUUCUGGAUUAUGGUGAUGUCGAAUUUCACUGGAAAUUGGUGAGUAUGAAUAAAAGCUCUUGUACUCUAAUCCAGUCUCAAGAUGUUUUCUCUAUUGACUUGGACUUUCUCUUGACAUAGAUAUUUGGUUAGUAUCAGUCUUGGGAAUUGGACUCUUGCUGGAAAAUGAGUGUUAAAAUGAUGUUGUUAUCUUGUCAAAAUGAUCAUGUUUUGCUUUUCACAGGAACAUUUGACAAAUGUAAUUUCUUAUUCUUUAAAACAGCCUAAUCUGUGGUCCAGUGUGUGAAUAGUGCCAAAUAUUUGAAAUAAAGGCUUUGAAAAGUC